AGAGAAAGAGAGUGGGAGAAGGCGAAGAGCGAGAGAGUAAGAGUGCGUGCAGCGUGACAGGAUAGAGUGUGAGGCAGACGCGAGCGGCGAGACUGACCGGCGGGCGUGACGGUUGCAGUCGCGCGUUUUUUCAUAGUCGCGAAUUGUGAAAUAAUCGUCAGCAAAACGGCUGCGGGUAAAAAGUCGGCCAAGAAGAUGGCGGAUUCCGAGGAACUGGAGAGUAUGGUAUUAAGUUUUCGAGUGUCUGAGCUUCAGAUGCUUCUUGGUUUCGCCGGUAGAAAUAAGUCCGGCAGAAAGAACGAGUUGCAAGCUCGUGCAUUGGAAUUAUUGCGCUUAAGAUCACAUCCAGCCAUCCGGCUUAAAAUACGUGAAUUGUAUAAAACGAUACAGGCAGAUCAAAUGGCAACGCAUCAAAUGUAUGGGCAAACUGGUAGUUCCUCUGAGCCACAAAUUGACCAAAAUAUGCAUAAUCGAAAUUAUUAUUCAACAAGGUAUUUUUAUUGUUCAUUGAUACGUUUAUAUAUAUAUGUACAUUUAAGAAUGAAAAUAUAUAUUUUAUUAAGACAAGCGAUUAGUCAACAACAACAGCAACAGGCAUCAAUUUCUGCUGGGAAAGAAUUAACUCCUGCGCAUCAAGCAUCCUUACCUCAAGCACCUAGGACCAAUCCAGUAUAUCAGUCAACUGGUUACACUAGUGUAGCACCACAGCGUGCUACAAGUACAGCAUAUAGUCCAUAUCAGCAGUCUGUAUACCCAGCCAAAGUUUUACCAGGUCCAUUACAAAUACAACCUACAAGCCAAUAUCCAGUUCAUCCAGAUGUUAGGUUGAAGAAACUUCCAUUUUUUGACUUAUUAGGUGAAUUAUUGAAACCUUCUAGUUUAAUGCCACAGGGAACGCUGAGACUGCAGGAAAACACAUUCCUGUUUCAUUUGACACCACAACAAGCGACAGAUAUUGCAAGCUCACGUGAUUGUCGAGCUGGCAGUAAAAUGGACUAUGUUGUACAGGUACAAAUGCGAUUCUGUUUACAAGAAACAUCAUGCGAGCAGGAAGAUUAUUUUCCUCCAAACAUUGCAGUAAAAGUUAAUGGAAAAUUAUGUCCUUUACCGAAUCCUAUACCCACUAAUAAACCAAGUGUAGAGCCAAAGAGACCACCACGGCCUGUCAAUAUUAGUCCUUUAGUGAAAUUGUCACCUACUGUUGGAAACGAGAUUCGUGUUACAUGGUCGGCUGAUUAUGGUAGACGAUAUGCAAUUGCAGUAUACCUCGUCAGAAAAUUAUCCAGCGCGGAAUUACUUAGUAGAUUAAAAAAUAGAGGUGUAAGACAUUCCGACUAUACUAGAGGAUUAAUUAAGGAGAAAUUAAAUGAAGAUGCGGAUAGUGAAAUAGCUACAACAUCACUGAGAGUAUCGUUAGCUUGUCCUCUAGGAAAAAUGAGAAUGUGUACGCCAUGUCGUGCAUCGACAUGUUCUCAUUUGCAAUGUUUCGAUGCUUCUUUAUUCCUUCAAAUGAAUGAGCGAAAACCUACCUGGAAUUGUCCAGUUUGUGACAAGGCGGCACUUUAUGAUAAUCUUGUAAUUGAUGGAUACUUUCAAGAAGUUCUUAAUUCAAAUAAGUUAUUGCCAGACGUAAAUGAGAUUCAAUUAUUGCAAGAUGGUUCAUGGGAGAAUUUAGUACUGAAAAAAGAAAAAGAUAAAGAUAAGGAUAAAGAUAAGGAAAAAAGCGAAACAAAAACUGCGACUGAUUCACGAGAUAAUAAAAUCGAUGUAGACACAGUGGAUUUAGAUGAAAGCAAUCCUCCGGCACCAAAGGAAAAGAAACGUGCUGUCGUUAUCGAUUUGAUAUCAGAUAGUGAUGAUGACGAUGAGGAUAACACGCCGACACAAAGUACAAAGAAACCAGCCAGUGGCAUCUCAUCGCCAAAGAAAUCGCAGACCAGCUCCAUUAGUAGUACAAGCGAAUCGCCAGAAUUAAUGAUAAUCGAUUUAGAAUAAAGGAUUGUUUGAUAUACUAUAGAAUUUUUUGUAAAAAUUAUAUUUUCCUUUAUAAAGAAAAAGAUCUUGAUAAUUUUUUUCUCUUUAUAUACUCAGUCGGCACGUUUGUAUGACACACACACAUUAAGUUAUAAUUUAUUACUUUCGAGGAAGUGUAAAAUAAAUAAAGACGUUCAUUUAUUGUAACUUUAAUAACGUUCCAUUCUCAUAUACAAAUACAUCUCAUAUAUUUUAUUCAAUUUUACUUGGCAAACAGUGUAAUGCUAAAAUUACGUCUGGUGAGACUGCGAUAAGCAAAUAUUGUAAUAAAGAUUUUAUUUUGACCGAUGAUGUGAUCGCUGUGGAAUAAUUAUGUAACUGAAAAUAAAGUUACCUUUGUUUUUUGUAACACAAACUUAUUGUUAAUCUCAACAUAAGAUCUUGCGUAUAUAAGCUAUCUAAUUCAUACUUUAUUUUUUAUUUCACUUUUGCUACGUUCGGUUAUAGAUUCAGCGCAUGGAAGAUGUGUACAACAAUGCUUUUUUUCAUUUAAUGAGAAUUAAAAUUACUUGGUUUCAUAUUGCAGUUAUAUUAUUAUGAUAUCAAAAGCGAAAAAUUACGUAAUUAUUUCCUUGCAUUGUAUGUCAAAAUAAAUCCAUUUUGUGCGUGUCACCAUUGGCGAUAAUACAUGUA